UUUGCCACAGUUCGUGCACCAGCUGCACGGGACCUUUGUCUACUCAGUGUACGUCCUGCUCCUUUCCCCAGGCCUUCUACCAGGGCCAGUGUCUCCUCGCUUGCGGAGAGGGCUUUUAUCAGCACCACAACCUCUGUAAAGGUUGCCAUUCAUCCUGCAGGGCCUGUGUUGGCCCAGAACAUUCACACUGUACGCAAUGCAUGAAUCCCGAGGAGAACCUUCAACCAGACACCAGCCUUGAGGAGAGGCCCAUUGGCAUCUGCUUACCUCAGUGCAGAGCCCGGUUCUACAGCAACGAAGGCAGGAUUUGCAAAGCGUGCCACUCUUCCUGCCUUUCUUGCACGGGGGGAUCUCCCGAGAACUGCACCGCUUGUGCCUCCCCUCAAGUCUUCCACGAAGGCCAGUGCGUCUCUGAGUGUCCUGAGGGAUGGUAUCAUCGAGAACGCCACUGCUAUGCCUGCCAUCCCUCUUGUAAGACGUGCAGCGGGCCUGGUGAUGAUGAAUGCACCGCUUGUCAUCCCCACGUCUCUUUCCUCAAUGGAAGAUGCAGAACUCCCUGCAGGAGAGAGCAAUACCUCAAUCUGGUGGGACACUGUGCGGAUUGCCAUCCGCUUUGUGAGUUGUGCGUCGCAGAUCUCCACACAGACAGAGGAAGCAUCUGUCUGAGGUGCCGUGAUACCCAUCACCUGCUUCUGAAGGACCACUGCGUUCCAGACUGCCCCGUGGGAUUUUACCAACUCGGAGGAGCAUGUCAGAAGUGUCAUCCUUCCUGUAAAACCUGCACAGGAGAAGGCCCUUUCUCCUGCACUUCCUGUGACCCCAACCUCGUCCUUUCUCAUGCUGGCUCAUGCCUCUCGGCCUGUUCCCUGGGAUUCUUUCAGGAUGAGAACCUUCAUUGCAAGCCUUGCAGUGACCCGUGUCUAAGCUGUGAUUCAAGAUCCCACUGUACUUCUUGCAAAGACCCAUCUAAAGUCUUACUGUUUGGAGAGUGCCAAUAUGAUAAAUGUCCAUCACAAUAUUUCCUCGAUUUGUCUACCAGGAUGUGCAGAGAGUGCGACUGGAGCUGCAACGUUUGCCACGGUCCCAACCGCACGGAUUGCCUGCAGUGCAUGGAGGGAUAUUUUCUCCAGCAAGGAGCUUGCGUUGAGCAUUGUCUGCCAGCAUUUUACAGGGAAUCGGAAACGUGUCAAAGAUGUGAUGAUGACCGCUGCCUCCAGUGUGAUGGGCCUGGGAAAUGUGUGCGCUGCCAGCCUCCGUUCCUGCUCCUGGAAUCCCAUUGUGUCUUGUCUUGUGGAAAGCAGUUCUACGGAGACCGUGGAGGGCAGAUAUGCCUAGCUUGCCCCCAGGGAUGCUUGGAGUGUGACGGUUCCACCAGCUGCCGAGUCUGUAAUUCCAGUACGUUCCUUCAGAAAGGCCUUUGUGUCGCUGACUGUGGGCGUGGCUUCUACAACGACCCCCAAAAUCGGCAGUGCAAAUCUUCUGGGCCUGCUCCUGGGUUCAAGGCCAAGAGCCUCCUCUUGGUUGGAAUCGGAGGGCUGAAACUUCUAGAUGGUUCCUUGCUGGAAGUAGAAAACGUAGAGGACUAUGGAGAAGGACUCCUCUUUCGCAUGGCAGCCCCUCCCACCAACGGCAGGCUGGUGGUCCUGGCUGAAGGCAAAGAAAGGGAACAGGACCGUUUCACCUGGGAAGACGUGAAGGAACAGCGUGUUUUCUUUCUCCACGACAAAACGAAAUCCAGGAAUGGCUCGUUUUUCCUGACACUCAGCUAUCAACAAUCUACAUCUGAGCCAGUAAUGUUCAGUGUUCAAGCUCUUUCAACUCAGUCUCCUUAUGUCCUCAAGAAUGAAGUUCUCUUUGUUAGCAAAGGAGAUGCUGGAACCAUCACCAACCACUUGCUUGAUAUCCAGGAUAGGGAUAAUCCUCAAGAUGUGACGGUGACUAUUUUAGACCCUCCAAAACAUGGGCAAUUAGUCAAACUUCCAGGAAAUGGCCCAUUGACUCUGCAUGUCUUCAGCCUUGAUGAACUUUCGGGAGGAUUCAUGCAUUACAUUCACGAUGGAUCUAACAGUUUGGAAGACACCGUGGUUCUGCAAGUGAGCGAUGGGUACCACGUUCAGAAUUUACUCUUUCGCAUCAAGAUUGAUCUAAAGACUAUUCCUAGCAGUGACCGUGGGAUUCCCCGCCUGGUUAUCAGCUCUACCGUCUGGGUCCCAGAGGGAGGCAUGUUGCAAAUCACAAAGAAAAAUCUGCAAGCUGAGAUGCUGGGGGCCAGUGAUUCUGCGAUCGUCUAUACAAUUAGGGACAAGCCACAAUAUGGUGAAGUGGUGUUUCUGGUUCCGAUGCCCGCCGAUGAUUCUGGAUUAGGAUGGCAGUCUUCGCCCAGUGGAGGUAAACCCACUCCAGCUACCACGUUUACCCAACAGGACAUCAACGAAGGCGUCAUUUGGUAUAGACACUCUGGAGCCGAGACAGAGAGCGACUCAUUCCGCUUCCAGGUCUCUGGUGCAGGUUUUCCACAGACCCGUCUUGAGACCCACUUGUUCAACAUUGCCAUCUUACCACCUAGCCUGGCGUCAUCUGGGUCCUCCUCCAGAUUUUCUUUUCAUAUGACGGCACUGGAAGAUCGUGUGACACCUAUUCGACCGCAUCACCUCCCUUUUGUCAACUCGCAAACUCCAAGUGAAGAAAUCACGUACAACGUGACUGUACCCUUGCCUCCAGAUCAAGGUAUGGUGGAGCACAGGGACAAACCAUCCAUCCCAGUAGCCUCUUUUACCCAAACUGACAUCAACAAUGGCAAAAUUGUCUACCGUCCACCUAGUGCUGGAUCACAUAUUAGGGAGCUGAUGGAAUUCUCCUUUGCUGGUCUUCCAGAAUCGAUUAACUUUCGUUUUACAGUGUCCGAUGGAGAACAUAUAAGUCCUGAGAUGGUGUUUACCAUCCACUUGCUUUCCACUGAUGAAGAGCCUCCAUUGUUCCAGAUUACUGCUCCGGUGCUUGAGGUCAGCCAAGGAGGCAGAGCUGCUAUUGGAAUCAAACUGACGUUGAGUGAUGCGCCCGUUGCCGCUGAGGAUCUCUUCUUUGAAGUGGUACAGCCUCCUCACCAUGGAGUUCUACUCAAACACAGCUCCGGAUUCCCAGUCCACAUGACCACCGGCGACAGUUUCACCUACGAGGAAGUCACCAGGAACUACUUGCAUUAUCUCCAUGAUGGCUCAUCCUCAGAAGAAGACAGCGUGGAAAUUUCAGUGACCGAUGGCACCACCAAAGACGCCAUUUUGCUCAAGGUGGAAGUAACCCCAGUCAACGUCAAUGGGCCAAGGCUGGAUCCGAGCUGCUCGCUGAGUAUCACUGUGGCUGGCAAAAGCUCUGCAAUCAUCACUCGAUCCCACUUUGCUUAUACUGAUAACAAUUCCCAGGAUUCUGAGAUAAGGAUUCAGCUAAUUUCUCUUCCUAUGUACGGCAGUCUUAUGUGGACAGUCUUUGGACAGCAUUUGGAUGAGUCUCCGGAGGUCUAUAAUUUCACAAUGGAAGACAUUAACAAUCAAAGAAUCAGAUAUUUCACCGAGCUUGAAACUGGGGUCAAUCAGCCAAUCACAGAUGUCUUCUACUUCUCUGUGGUCGAUGCUGACAACAAUCAGCUUGAUAGCCAGAUGUUCGCCAUUACUAUCACAGCAGCCCAAAGUGUGCCUCCAGUUGUUACCUUUUCUGACCAAAUAACGGUAGAAGAAGGGGGACAAACACCGCUCCAGCCUCACCACUCCCUGGGUCUUGGUGAAGAAGGCCUGGUUGUCAAAAUCACAAGUCUUCCAAAAUAUGGGUACAUUGAAAACACCAGGACAGGCAGACGCCUCGGUUUUGGAAACACGGAAAGUUCUGAUUUUUCUUUCUCACUUCAAGAUGUGUUGGAGAACCGUAUUUAUUAUUUUCAGAACGUCCAUGAAAGUAUUGAACCAUCAAUGGACACCUUUAGUUUUUAUAUCAGUGAUGGCUUCAGCCAAUCAGAAAUCAGCAGUGUCAACAUUACUAUUAAGCGCCUGAAUGAUGAACCACCUCAGGUACAAGUGACCCCUAUCAGUGUGCGUGAAAAGACAGGAGUAGUGAUUCGAAAUUCCUCCUUGAGGCUAAGGGACUUGGACACUCCUAAUGACCUUCUGGUUUUCAUGGUAACCAAGGCACCCGUUCAUGGGUAUCUGUACAGAAGAGAAUCUCCCCUGCAUUCUCUGGAGAAUGGACAAGCUCUCUCUGAGGGAUCCACUUUCACCUAUCACGAUGUUCUGGAUGAACUGAUCAUUUAUAAAUUGAACAGUUUGGUAGCCCAAAGUGACGAGUUCCAAUUUUCACUCUCCGACGGCCUCCACGUUGAGACAGGGAAAAUGGAGUUUGUUGUAACCUCACCAAGGAUGGACCUUCCCAGAUUAGUCGUGAACAGAGGCCUACAACUCUCUGCUGGAUCUGUGGCAGUCAUUACAACCCAGCAUUUAAGAGCCAUAGAUCCUGAUUCAGAUGACCUGUCUAUCAAAUAUAUCAUGAAGAAGGACCCAACCUGUGGAUUGUUGCACUUGCAUAAAAGAGAUUCUUUGAUCCAGAUCUCCACUCAGGGACCAGCUAAAAGCUUUACCCAGGCAGAAAUAAACAAAGGACAAGUAGAAUACAGCCAUGAGAAAGGAGAAGCAGUUGGGACCUUUAUUUUUGUUUUUGAUGUGGCAGAUGGAGAGGGAAACAAAGUGACAGACCUGGCAUUUUCAAUUAACGUAACAGGGGAUCGAUUGCCUCUGUCCAUCACUGUCAACACUGGGCUAACCCUGGACGAAAACUCUGUGAAAAUAAUCACCCCUUUGGAGUUGUCAGCCAAGAAGCAGGGUGAAGAAUCCAGCAAUCUCCUCUACAGGAUUAUUAAACAGCCCCAGUUGGGACAUUUGGAGCACACGGCAUUACCAGGCAGAAGGAUUAGUUCCUUCCAACAAGCAGACCUUAUCUCCCACAGCAUCCACUACAUCCAUACAAGCGAGGCUGAAGAACAUGCUGACAUGUUCACUUUCACCAUUUCAGAUGGCCAUCAGGAGGUGACCCAGAAUUUUGAAAUCACCAUUAAUCCGGUGGAUGAUUCUUUGCCCGUGGUGCAGACUGCUGGCCUGACUGUGCAGGAAGGAGUACGGAAAUCCAUCACAGAAUUUGAUCUCAAAGCCACCGAUGCGGACACAGAGGCCAAGUCUGUUACCUUCAGCAUUGUGCAGCCCCCGCGCCAUGGCCAGCUUGAGCGCACCGUUGAUGGCCAUCAUUACCAACAGGCCCAUGCCUUCUCCAUGGAGGAUGUCUUCCACAACCGGAUCAGUUACAGUCACGACGGGAGCAAUUUUUUAGAAGACCGUUUCACUUUUACGGUGUCCGAUGGAACCAAUCCCUUUUUUGUGGUGGCAAAGGAUGGGAAAGAGGUUGUGACUGCUGUGCCCCAGUGGUUUAGAGUAGAAAUCCUCCCUGUGGAUGAUGGGCUUCCAAGAAUUGUCACUAAUUUGGGUCUUCAGUGGUUGGAAUAUAUGAAUGGCAAGCCAAAAAACCUCAUCACUAAGAAGGAGCUGUUGACUAUGGACCCCGAUACAGAAGACAACCACUUGAUCUAUGAAAUAACAACGGGACCCAAAUAUGGUUACGUGGAGAAGAAAUUGCAGCCGGGAAGGAUGGUGACUACCUUUACACAAGAGGACGUGAAUUUGGGAUUGAUCCAAUACGUGCUACAUGAAGAGAAUAUUCAAAGGACAGAAGAUAGUUUUCAAUUUCUGGUGAAGGACAGCAAACCGAGCAUUGUCACUGAUAAUAUCUUCCAUAUUCAAUGGUCCCUUAUCAGCUUUCAACAUAUGAGCUACAACAUCAGUGAAAAGGCCGGUUCCAUCAGUGUGGCUGUGAAGAGAGCAGGAAACCUCAAACAAUAUGCUAUUGUCCUGUGCCGUACCGAACAGGGAACGGCCACCUCCGGUUCAAGUUCUCAGCCAGGGGAACAGGACUACCUUGAAUAUGCUAGCCAGGUGCAGUUUGAUGAAUGGGAAGACUUCAAAACCUGCACCAUUGUUAUCAAUGACGACGAUGUCUUUGAGGGGGUAGAAAGCUUCACCGUUGAGCUGAGUAUGCCAGCCUAUGCCUUGCUGGGGGACAUGACUGAAACCCAAGUCUUCAUUAACGAUGCAGAAGAUGAGCCCACCCUGCAGUUUGACAAAAAGGUCUACCACACCAGUGAGAGUGCCGGCAUCCUAUCUGUCCCCAUUGAAAGGAAAGGAGAUUCUAGCAGCAUCGUCUCUGCCAUAUGCUACACCGUCUCCCAAACGGCCAAAGGCAGCAGCACAUACGCCCUGGAGUCUGGCUCAGACUUUAAGUCCCGGGGAAUGUCCAAUGAGUACCGGGUCGUCUUGGGGCCUGGUGUCACAAUGACAACUUGCGAUGUGAAGCUGGUUGACGACAGCGAAUACGAAGAGGAGGAAGAAUUUGCCGUUGCUCUCACCGAUGCAUCCGAGAAUGCUCGCCUCGGAAGCAUCGCGUCGGCUAAAGUUCUGAUCAGCGGUCCCAAUGAUGCUUCUACUGUAUCGCUCGGAAGUGCAACUUUUAGCAUUAGCGAGGAUGCAGGGAUUAUCGAAAUCCCAAUUACGAGGCACGGGUCUGAUCUCUCCACUCCUACCUCUGUCUGGUGCGCUACUCGGACCUCAGAUCCACCAUCUGCUACUCCGGGAUUUGAUUACAUUCCCAGCUCCAAGAAGGUUGAAUUUCGUCCAGGGAGAACUGAGGAGUAUUGCACCUUGACUAUUCUGGAUGAUGCCCAGUCCCCAGUGAUUGAAGGGGUGGAGACCUUUGUGGUCUAUUUGAGUUCCCCUCAAGGAGCAGAGCUGGCCAAACCUUUUCAAGCGGUGGUGGCCAUUAAUGACACCUUCCAGGAUGUACCAAACAUGAAGUUCAGUAAAGAUAUCUACUCUGUGAAAGAGAAGGACCGUGUCCUACAGGUUCCUGUUAUCCGUUCUGGAGACUUAAGCUACGAAUCUUCAGUCAGGUGCCAUACCCAGAGUCAGACCGCGAGAGUCAUGGAGGAUUUUGAGGAAAGGAGAAACACUGAAGAAUCGCGCAUCACAUUUUUGAAAGGGGAGAAGGUAAAGAACUGCACUAUCAUUAUUAAGGAUGACUCUGCCUUUGAACCGGAGGAGAGAUUCCGGAUAUAUCUGAGUGAACCCCAAGGAAACCACUGGAGUGGGGCUACUGUUGGGAAAAGCAACAUGGCUUCUGUAGUUAUUUCCAACGAUGAAGAUGCUCCCACCAUUGAGUUUGAAGAAAUUGGGUACCAGGUCCGUGAACCCCCUGGACCGGAAGGUGUUGGCUUCUUAAACGUUAAGGUGAUCCGGACAGGAGAUCAAAAUAGGACCUCGAAAGUUCGCUGCAGCACCCGGGACGGUUCGGCUCAGUCUGGAAUUGAUUAUUACCCAAAGAGUCGAGUCCUCAAGUUUAACCCUG